GGCGCGACAACGGGGCGUGGGCGCGCCUCCCAUCCGCCGAGCCAGGGCGCGUCCCCGAGCCCAGCCUCAGCCUGUGACUGAGCAGGGAGCUGCCAGUGAGUGCCCAGUCGGCUCCGCUUUGCUCCCACUGCCCGGGGGGGGAAGCUAAUCUUGGAUCAAAGGUUCUUGUGAGAGACAAUGAACUAUUGCUAGGCAAUCUACUCUGCCGAUUCUCAGUUAAUAACUGGAGCUUGAGGCAUCAGGAGCCAUGUCGGAUUGGCUACUGAUUGGACUUUUUGCGGCACUGGUUAUACUUCUGCUGCUGACGCUCUUUGGCUUUGCUGUUUAUUCGGGGAUCUUCUCAGAAGUGGUGGUUAGUGCUGGUUCACCUCCCAUUGGCAACAUCACUGUGGCAUACAAAUUCCAGGUUGGGCCUUAUGGUGACUGUGGGAGGCUAUUUACGGAGGGCUGCAGCGUCUCUCCAAAGCUAUGCUCCAUUGCUGUCUACUAUGAUAAUCCCCACACGGUGGACCCAGAGAAAUGCCGCUACCUGGUGGGAAGGAUCUUGAGUGAAGGUGAAAAGAAGCCAUCUGAGCAAGUGGUCCGCAUGUUCCAGAAAUAUGGCUUCAAGAUUUUCAACUUCCCAGCCCCUAGCCAUGUAGUUAUGGCAACCUUCCCCUACACUACUCCAUUGUCCAUCCAUUUGGCAGUGAACCGUGUCCACCCGAGCCUUGAUACAUACAUCAAGGAGCGGAAACUGUGUGCUCAUCCCAGAAUGGAGAUCUAUAAAGGUGACCAAAUCUAUUUUAUAUGUCCCCUUGCACGUCAAGGGGACUUCUAUGUGCCUGAAAUGAAAGAACUGGAGAAGAAAAGCAGAGCAGCAGCCGAGACUGAAGAUGCUCAGACAGAUAUCACAGGGGCUGAAACUUUGAGUGACACCAGCUCUGUCAGUCUGGAGAUCACAUCUGACAGCAGAGAGACUUCAGUGGCUACCUCCAUCUUGUCCCCCUUCACACCUGGCCGUGGCCGAGAUGAAGUAGACAAUCGCAGUGAGCACAGCUACAGUGAAUCGGGAGCCAGUGGCUCCUCCUUUGAAGAACUGGACUUGGAAGGCAAUGGUGAGGGUGAUGGGAUGGCAGGUCUUUCUGCUGACCAUGGUUCUGCUGAAGAUCAGGACACUCCCAAGGCCAAGUGGACCAAGGAACCUAUUGCCCUGGAGAAAGAAAAGGUUGAAGAAUAAAACCAUUUCUUUCCUGAAGUUUUGUAGGGAUUGAAAAGAGAAA